UUUCACUCUGUUCCUUUCAAAAUAUACUAUUAAUUGGCAGAAAGCUGAAAGUCAGAAAUAAUUUUUUUUUUUAAUAAAACUUUCUGUAUUUAAAAUUUUUAUGGGUGGUUUUUUACCUUAGAAACCAAAACAAAUUAUCUAGAUGGUCUCUGGGCAAAUUUAAUAAGCUGUUCCUAAAAAGUUUCUGCAUUAUUUAGAAGACAAUAGCAAUUCGAAACAGAAAAAAGGAUAAUACGAAAAUUUUUUUUUUAUUUUGCUGCUGCCAAGUUCGUAAAAUACCUAAAUAAGCAAUAAAAAUGGCUACAAGGUCACCUAUUGUUUGUCGUUUUUAUACAAGAGGAAUAUGUCGCUUUGGUGAUUUAUGCCGAUUUUCCCAUCCUGGAGAAGUUACUGACGGGAUAAGUACCGAUGAAGAUCGAGCAAUAUCAAUUUUAGCUACAACAUCAACUUCAAAUCAAUUUGAUGAAAAUCAACAAGCACAAGCCUUGCAACCUCUACAAAACACAAAUCAGCAAAAUGAUUGGGCAAUGGCACCAGUAUUCGUACCAAAAAAUCAAAGUUCGCAACAUGCUAAUAAUAUAGAUUUUUGUGAUUCAAAUCUAAAUAAAAAUUUUGGCACACAUUCCUAUGCAGAAAUCGCAGGUGGAAGUAAUGGUAAUGCAAAAGUAUACAGUGAAGAAGUAAUGUGCCCAUUUGCAAUCAGCUGUCCUUAUGGAAAUUAUUGUUCCAUGAUUCACGGGGAAUUAUGCGAUAUGUGCGGGCAUUAUUGCUUACAUCCAACCGAUAAAGUACAAAGAAAAAAGCAUAUUAAUGAAUGUCUUCAGCAACAUGAAAAGGAUAUGGAAUUAUCAUUUGCAAUUGCAAGAUCUAAAAAUAAAACUUGCGGAAUAUGUUUUGAUAUUAUUAUGGAGAAAAAUGGAAAGGAAAAACGCUUUGGAAUAUUACCAAAUUGCAAUCAUAUAUUUUGCUUAGAGUGUAUACGCAAAUGGCGACAAGCGAAACAAUUUGAAAAUAAAAUAACAAGGUCAUGUCCAGAAUGCCGAAUUUCUUCAGAUUUUGUGUGUCCGAGUGCCUUUUGGGUCGAAAAUAAAGAUGACAAAGAUAAGGUGAUAAACGAAUAUAAAAAUGCGCUUGGUGACAAAGACUGCAAAUAUUUCAAUAAAGGCGAAGGAAAAUGCCCCUUUGGAAACAAAUGCUUCUACAAGCACGCUCUCCCAAAUGGUAUAAAAGUCGAUGUCGGUGUUCCACAAAAGAGAAAAGUAUAUCAUCAUUUGGGUCUUAUGGAGAUUUUUUCAGAUUUUUCAUUUUAUGAACUCAUUACAAAUCGUGAUGUUCCAUCUCUAAUUGAGUAUUGGUCAAAUUUUGAAAUAGAUUCAAGUGAUGACUCAGAUUGGCCAGAUGAAACGAAUUAAUUAUUUUUUUAAAAUUUAAAAUCGAAAUUCAGAUAUAUUUUUGCUUUAGAAGUAAUCAAACAAUAUUUUCGAAUAUAUGUACAUAAAACUAAAAUUAAGUAUACAUGUAUCUGUAAAAUUAAUGCCUCUUGUGAUCAUUUUUAUAGGUAUUAGCUUUCACAUUUAUUAUUUGUUGUUAUAUCAGCAGCAGUAAUUUUAGUGAAGCAUAAUGCUAAAUAAGGUCGCAGAUGAACAUUUUAAUAGUUGGUUGGUUCUAGUAAGAGUGAAAAAAUUGUUUAUCACUUAAAAUCCACGGUUUUAUCUUGUCUUAUUUGCUAAAAUGAGGAAGUUUCACAAUCAUUUUUCGGUUAAUUACGUUAUUAAAUAUAUAAAGAGCGAUAUUAUAAUUUCCUAUAUAGUAAAGUCAAGCCUCCUUAUUUUCACUUUUCUGGAUGGAUACAGGAAUUUUCCUUUUAUUUAAUAAAAUAUCACACUCUGAAAUAGUUAUUUGAAUGUAAAUAAUUUAUUGUUUGUUCUUGAACUUAUUUUUUGUACAAUUUAUUUCUCUUUGUAUGAAAUGUAAAAGUUAGAAAACUGUGAGAAGAUAUAAUUGCCUUUAAAUAAAUCAUUUUCAAGAUUUUAUAAUGAGCUAGGCAAAAGUUGAUUGUUGAAAAAAAUUAAGAAAAAAAUUGUAAAAUAUUCUGGUAAUCCGGAUAUUUCUAUAAUGAAUUGUGGUUUUUAAAAUUACGUGAAAAUAUUAAAUGAAAUAUUGGACAUUUUCUUUUGAAAUUAUUUUGAAAUUCUUAUCAAUCUUAUAUCUAUUUCUCAUUUUCAUAUAGAAUGUGUCUCCUAAAGUUUUGUGUCGACAGACUUAGUUUAAAGUUAAUUUUAUUGUUGUACAUUUGAAAUGACAGAAUUUUUUUGUGCUAUAACUAACAAUAUCUUUCAUUUUGCUGACCUAAUUAUCUUCUACAAGUGCGCUGUGAAAAAAAAUACGAUAAAGUAAGAAUUCACAACAAAAUUGUAUAAAUUUUUAUAGUAUGUUAGAUUGAAAAUCAUUUAAGUUUUUACUAGCUUUUGUAUAGAAUGAAGGCACUAAAGUUGAAAAAUGGUUUUAAGAAAUCUUUUCUUUUAAAUAAAUUCAAAUAUAAAUCACAUUUUAUUAAAGAAAUUAUAACUUGUUUUGAACUCAAUAAUUGAAUUUUUUGUUAAAUUUAAUGCAGUAUUUGUAAUUAAAAUAAUAAUUAAUUAUAAUAUACGAAUGUCGUCAUUCAUUUACUUCUUUUUAACUCUAUAUUCGAUUGUUUUUUCCAAAUUGAAGAAAAAUCAUUUUAAGGUAAACUGUUUGCGUUUGUUUAAUAUAAAAAUUAAAUUAAUCAUAUAUUGUUAAAAGGGUUUGUAGUGUUAAACAGAAUAUUCAUUAUUAUGUUGAUUUGUACUUUUUUUUAAUUCAUUUAAACCAAACUAGUUUAUAUUAAUUUGCAAAAAAACAAAAAAGAAGAAUUAAAUAUUUUUCAAAAUUAUUUCUUUGUACUUUGUAAUUAAAAGUAGUUUUUUAAAAAUUUGUUCUUAAAUAAUUUACUGUAAUAUUAUAAAAAGUUACGUGAUAAAAUAUACAUACAUAAUUGU